AAGAACACAUACUAUGAAUCUAAAAACUGCGAUUUGAAGGAAAUUUAAAUGUAAAAUAAAAUAGUAUAAUUGUGAAUAAUAAUAUAAAUUGUGGUAUCGGACAUGCUACACUGCAAUUGUUUUUCACGGCACAAAGUCGGUCAAGCAUGUUUGCGCCGGUUUCAUUGAAUGUCAUGAUAUCGAACGGACGUAUACUACGAAGAUUGGCCGUUUUUGAUUUCGAUCAUACGAUAUGUGAACUCAACACCGACGUUGUGGUUCGAGAUCUGUUGGACCAGAGUUUAAUUACACCAGAGAUAAAAAGCAUAGUGCGGAGCUGUGGUUGGAUACCAUAUAUGCAGCGAAUUUUUCGAUUGCUGCAUCAGAGUGGCAUUUGUAAAUUAGACAUCCUUUCAGCAAUUCGCAGUAUACCUGAGGUAGCGGGAAUGAAAACUUGCAUUGCAGAAAUGGCUAAAAAUAACUUCCACAUAAUUAUUGUAAGCGAUUCCAACUCGGAGUUCAUUAAAGUAUGGAGCGAUUUUAACGAAAUUGGUCAAUAUAUUCACACCACAUUUACGAAUCCCGCAAAAUUCAACGGAAAUGGUGCCUUGGAGGUUCAUCCCUUUCAUCAUCAAACAGAAUGCAGUUUAAGUUCACGAAAUCUUUGCAAAGGCAAGAUUGUUGAUGAUUUUCUGGACAAUCAGAGCGUUGUAGCUAAUACUGAGUACGAACAAAUUUUUUAUAUCGGCGAUGGUAGAAACGAUGUUUGUCCCAUGCUGCGUUUAAAAGACAAUGGAUUUGCUUGUCCGAGGGAAGGAUAUGCUUGCUACGAUGCACUUAGCAAUGCUAUUAAGCAACGGUCCACGAGCUACGAGGCGAAAAUUUUAAAAUGGACCAACGGUUUCCAUCUCAUGAGUUUAAUAUGGAAGGAACUUUGAGCUGCAAAACUUCAUAAAUAUCAUUUCUAAAACCUCGCAAGUAAUCAUUUAGUUCUUGUUCUAAAUUUCAUCUUUUAUAAUAAAAUGUUGACCUUUUGAAA